GUAUCGAUCAUCGUCUCUCUCUUUAACAAGCUCCUCUCUCUGAUGUGAAGAAGCCAUGGAAGAGAAGAAGAAGGAGCUUGAAGAGUUGAAGUAUCAAUCAGGUUUUGGUAACCACUUCUCAUCGGAAGCAAUCGCCGGAGCUUUACCGUUAGAUCAGAACAGUCCUCUUCUUUGUCCUUACGGUCUUUACGCCGAACAGAUCUCCGGUACUUCUUUCACUUCUCCUCGCAAGCUCAAUCAAAGAAGUUGGUUGUACCGGGUUAAACCAUCGGUUACACAUGAACCGUUCAAGCCUCGUGUACCAGCUCAUAAGAAGCUUGUGAGUGAGUUUGAUGCAUCAAAUAGUCGUACGAAUCCGACUCAGCUUCGGUGGAGACCUGAGGAUAUUCCUGAUUCGGAGAUUGAUUUCGUUGAUGGGUUAUUUACCAUUUGUGGAGCUGGAAGCUCGUUUCUUCGCCAUGGCUUCGCUAUUCACAUGUAUGUGGCUAACACAGGAAUGAAAGACUCCGCAUUUUGCAACGCUGAUGGUGACUUCUUGUUAGUUCCUCAAACAGGAAGGCUAUGGAUUGAAACUGAGUGUGGAAGGCUUUUGGUAACUCCUGGUGAGAUUGCUGUUAUACCACAAGGUUUCCGUUUCUCCAUAGAUUUACCGGAUGGGAAGUCUCGUGGUUAUGUUGCUGAAAUCUAUGGGGCUCAUUUUCAGCUUCCUGAUCUUGGACCAAUAGGUGCUAAUGGUCUUGCUGCAUCAAGAGAUUUUCUUGCACCAACAGCAUGGUUUGAGGAUGGAUUGCGGCCUGAAUACACAAUUGUUCAGAAGUUUGGCGGUGAACUCUUUACUGCUAAACAAGAUUUCUCUCCAUUCAAUGUGGUUGCCUGGCAUGGCAAUUACGUGCCUUAUAAGUAUGACCUGAAGAAGUUCUGUCCAUACAACACUGUGCUUUUAGAUCAUGGAGAUCCAUCUAUAAAUACAGUCCUUACAGCACCAACUGAUAAACCUGGUGUGGCCUUGCUUGAUUUUGUCAUAUUUCCUCCUCGAUGGUUGGUUGCUGAGCAUACUUUUCGACCUCCUUACUAUCAUCGUAACUGCAUGAGUGAAUUUAUGGGCUUAAUCUACGGUGCAUACGAGGCGAAAGCUGAUGGAUUUCUCCCUGGCGGUGCAAGUCUUCAUAGCUGUAUGACACCUCAUGGUCCAGAUACUACCACGUACGAGGCGACAAUUGCUCGAGUAAAUGCAAUGGCUCCUUCUAAACUCACAGGUACGAUGGCUUUCAUGUUCGAAUCAGCAUUGAUCCCUAGAGUCUGUCAUUGGGCUCUGGAGUCUCCUUUCCUGGAUCACGACUACUACCAGUGUUGGAUUGGCCUCAAGUCUCAUUUCUCGCGCAUAAGCUUGGACAAGACAAAUGUUGAAUCAACAGAGAAAGAACCAGGAGCUUCGGAGUAAAGAACACAUAAUUCACCUGCACCACUUUCAAUACCCAAGCUGUACAGACUUUUCACCAUAUACUUGUAUAAGAAAGAAGCAUAUAACAAGUACAUAUGUAAUAAUAAGUAGAUUCAGGCCACAACAUCAGUCAGUUUCACUUUCAUCUUCAUGAUGCCUACUUGCACUAAGAUCUCUUUCUUCGAAUGUUCUACCUUCAAAACGGUCGCUUUUUUACCAAGAGAAGAAACAAACACCGAGCUACCGACUUCAGGAACCUUUUGAGCCGCAGCUUCUGUUAAUGCAGAAACAUGGUUCAGUUUCAAAGAUCAUAACCAGAUAGUAGCUAUCUUUUAAAGGGCUUAAGCUUAUUUCAAUACCAGGAAGUGGUCGUCUCUCUACCACAGAUGAUGAACGAAUUCCAUUAUCUUCAUCCUUCGUCGUUUUGACUUUUGUUUGGAGUUGCGUAGCUACCUUUGACUGAGAAGAUUUUCCAGCAGAUGAGCGAAACUGUUGCAAUGUUCUGCGAAGUGUAGAACGAGUCAUCGAACCAGCCUGAGUUAGUUCUUGUCUCAUUUUUCGUCUCUCUUUGGUGGAAUGAUCGUUAAUGUUCUUUUGUGCUGUGAGUAGAUUCUCAUGAAGCUCUCUUGAGAGCCUAAAACCAAAAAAUGAAAAACAUGAAUAGAAUGCUCAUAAGAGAGGUCAAGAUUUACUGCUGUUAUAUAGAAUCUCACCUUAUAUAAACACGUGACUCAUUCAAAAGUC